ACAUAUAAAUAGGAGUAGUGCCGCCCAUGCAAUAUAUUUUUACUAAGUAAUUGACUUGCAUGAGAUAUGCCUAUAAUCAUGUAUUAUCUAAAUUUGGAUGAAAUUAGGAAGAGUAAUCUGAUAUCUGACGGUGAUUAACAAAAUUUAAUUUCUCUUUCUAAUUUAAUUACGUUGAUCUAAUUAUCCACUAAUUAAACUUUUAAGCAGAAUAAUUAAUUAUAAUUAUGAUUGGAAAGCAUCAAAAUCCCACACAAGCAGGGAACUCAUCAACUCAACCCACGUCUCCCCCCUCCCCCCUCUUAUCUUUCUCCUCCACUUCUUUCUAACCAUUCUUUCUUCUCUUCAAGCUUGCAUGCAUUCUACUUUUAACUGCAAGAUUUUUUACCGCUCAAGGGACAAUCAAUCAGAGAAGCAAAUGGAGAGGAAGAUGAUACAAGAAGCACCGACUGAAUCCAAGUUCCCACCAAGAUCUCCACGUUCGUACUUCUCGAGCAUCACUACAUCACAGCAAAAUAUCAGAUUCAAGGUUCCCAAAUUGUUGAUCAAGACAGACCAGAGGAGUCAUAGCCAAGGAGGGGACGAAGAAGAAGAUGAUAAUGGCGGCAGCAUGAGAGAGAAAUUGGAUAAGGCUAAAAAGCUGCUUCUUCCAAAAAGGGUGGGUACGAUCUUGUCUGGUUUCUUCGGUAAAAAGAGAUCAGCAAAGGUGUAUCGUUCUGGUGAUGGCGAAAACUUGCCGAGUGUCAUCUCCAGAAAUCUAAGCAGCUGGAGAAAGUUGAAGGUGGGAAACUUGGGCGAUAAGAAGUUGAGUAGGUGGUUCAGAGGAGAAUCGGAAGAGGAAGAAGAUGAAGGUGGUGAGGAACUGUGCAAGAAGAGGAUUCUAAUGGGGGAGAAAUGCAGGCCACUUAACUUUUCUGGUAUCCUCAAGUAUGAUCAGAAUGGGAUUUUGUUGCCAGAGCUCCUUCCGUGAUGACGUUUGAGAGACAUGUAGCUGCUGAUUUGGGAUCUCAUUGGUUUUGUUCUCCCAUGUUUAACCGUCUGCAGGAACACUUGCUUUAGGUCCUGUAGAAAAUCAUUCCAUUCGCUUUUACACUUGAAACGUGUCCUCUUCCUCAGUUCAACAUUAUCUACAGUGUAGUUUCAUGGCUAACUCUGCAACUGGAUGAAAUGAAAAAAUUUCUUACA